CUUCACUUUUUCUGCUCUUUUGUUCUCCAAGGAAUGACACUGAGACCAGAUCGCCCCUCUUCUUUACCUGACACUUCUCAGAGCAGAGCCCGAAUCAAACAGAUCCACAUCCCCGUCGUCAUCCCUCCACCGUCCUCGGGCUCCAACCAGCCUACACAGGGCAACAAACACGCGAUCAGGAUCAGCAAGCCAAACCAGCCGCUGAAUCCCCAGCAUCCCCGCUUGCCGACGCUGCCUCUGGUUCCUGUAAGGCCUGUGGUGGAAACGGGAGAGGCCGGACCCCCGGGAUACAUCCGACGACUCAAUGUGCGCAGAGGAGCCGAGGACUCAUUGAGCAAACCCGUCCAAGGGUUUGCUGGAGCGCCAGGCUAUCCUCCUCUGCAGUCUACGCCUUCCAAGCCUGAGCCAACCAGCCAACGAGCUACAGUAACACCAAAGGCGCCUCUGAGCCCGUUGAAUCCACGUGUGUCAGAAUCGCCAGAUUCAGUGAACAGGAGCGUCUCUGCAGACCAGUUCUCCUUCUCUGCCGGCCUCACACAGAGCCCAACCUUCAUUGGAAAUGCUGCCGUCAUUCGCUUUAACAAGGUGCUAGUCAACGAUGGAGGACACUACAACCCCCACACAGGAGUGUUUACUGUUCCGCACAAGGGCCGAUACUCGAUUUCAGGCUUGCUGACUGCAAAGCAGGGCGAGUGGAUAGAUGCCUUGCUCUCCGUUUCAAACCGCAGCGUACACAGACUCAGGAGCUCAACCAGGGCCUCGGACAGUGCCUACUGCGCCUGCGGAGGAACCGUGUCCUUCAGUCUGAUUCUACCACUGAGGAAAGGAGACCGUGUCAGUCUGGUGAGGAUCGGAGGCCAGCUGGCCUCGACCAACUCCGGGGAGGUUCUUUCCACCUACAGUGCCAUCUACUUGUACUCGCCGGCGGCCAGAAGUUAGCCAGAACGCAGCUGAGACGCUCGUCAUCAGACGCCCAGACUGGACAGAAUGAUGAAACCUUAUUUUACACUGACUUGCUGGGAUGCUGCAGAUUAUUAUGCUGCGUUGUUGUGGGAACACUCCCAGUAAUAUGUUCAUUUAAGAAGCUGUUCCAUUGCAAGCCACUAACAGAAAGACACCUGAGCUCAAGAGGCAGGGUUUGUAUCUAAUAUAUUGAUUGUUACAAUGAACUUUUGUAUCUAUAGUGAAUUGUUGUUUACCAAUAAAAUGCAUAAAAGCAG